AUGUCAGAAUCCUUAAAACUACAAAAGGAACAGCAGCAGCGGGACCUCGAGAUGAACUAUGGGAGCACCUAUCACCAAGGCUCCCUGUCAUCUGUUAGCCGCCAGUCUUAUUCUGCUUAUGUGAGCAGCCAUGGGCACAAGAUUUCAAAGAAAGAGAAGAAACUAAACGCUUUCUCUAAAAAAGAAAAGCAAUCGUAUCUGGCUGUGGACAAAGAAGACGAAAUCAUUGGAUACGUUGUGCCAGUCUUCAGAAGCAGUCCUUUGGCUACCCAGGAUCUGAUGGAGACUCAGGAGAAGGUGAAGGAGGAGGGUGUGGGGUAUGUCGUCAUGAGGAACGUGUUCUCCAGGGAGACCGGCUUCAAGAUGAGAACCGCGAAGAAUACCAGUUUGAGAGAGUCUGCUGAACGCCUGGCUCUGAGCAGGAAGGUGCAUGAUAAAGAGGAAUUCCAAAAGAAGAUGAAUCCAGACAGUUUGACUCACCCCCCAGAGUUCACCGUGAAGCCACGUGGCCAGACCGUGUUGGAGGGGAAAAGUGUGACGCUGCGCUGCACUGUUGCUGGAUGGCCCAAACCCAGCAUGACCUGGUACAAAAACAAUGUUUUAAUCAAUGCUAAGGCUCACCCUGAGAAAUACUUUACAGAGAGCCAAUUCAACAUGCAUUCUCUGGAAAUCAAGAAUUGUAAUUUUAGCGAUACUGCCGAGUACCGAAUCUCUGCACUUAAUGUGAAGGGAGAAAGCUCUGCGUUUGCCCCCAUCAUUAUUAAUAGAUUCAAAGAAGGAGAAGAGGUGACUGGAAGGCCCCAUGGUUACAGCCCUGAAUAUGGUGUGACCUUCAACACCACCAUCAUUGACAAUUUUGACGUUUCUUUUGGACGUGAGGGAGAGACCAUGAGUUUGGGCUGUACAGUACUGUAAGAGCUAUUAAUUAAAAUGCAGUUUACAGUCUAUAAUAAUGCAUUUUCUUUAUCAGGUGUUGUCUUGUCUCAUUCUAAGUGGGUGCACUGGAGUGGUGAGCGAGCCACUUUGACACUUGUGCAUCUGAACAAAGAGGAUAAGGGUCUUUACACUCUGCGUGUCAACACCAAGUCAGGCUUUGACACUCACUCUGCCUAUGUGUUUGUCAGAGGUGAUAUAUCUGUUAAAACAAUAACAGAUUUGAGUGACACAUCCCCCCUUUCUGCCUACAGCAUAGAGGGCAAAAUGGCAGAAUCCCAGAAACUUUUACUGAGAGUUUACAUUGCUCCUGACAUCGCCCACAAGAUGACCCUUUCUACACGCUCAAGUACAGUAGAAGAGUUGAUUACAGUGAUUAAAGAGAAAUUCAGACCUCGUCUUGAUUUUGAUUUCAACCUCCAAUAUGAAGACCCAGACUUUGGGGGGCAACUCUGCUUUCUAACAGACAUUUCAGAACUGCCAGAGAAGGCUGUAUUGAAAAUUGCUGCAGAAUUCCACAGAAUUACUAAUAUCAGCUUGAAAAACAAGUUCUAUGCAGAGCUGGACAACCAUACUCCUCGACUGAUUGCUGUUUACAGGCAGAAGGCUGCCCGUACAGGCAAGGCAGCAGAAGCACUGAGAAGCAUCUGUAGUGCCUAUGAUCUUACGGAUCACUACGAUAUUAACAACAGACGUACAGCUGCACUUCGAGCCCUCCCUGUCUACUUGCGCAAAGAUGACUCUGUGUUUUUCAAGAUGUGGAAUACUGAAGAGGUGGAUGAGCCAGACAUUGCAGAUUCAGCUGUAGCUCUUGUCAGCAUGCCGACCCAAGCCCCCCCCACCGGUGUGACCUUGCUGGAGAGGGUCCGUGACUACAUGGUGCUGGGCUGGCAAGCUCCUGCUAAGACUGGUGGAGCAGACAUCAGAGGUUACUACCUGGAUUACAGAACAGUGAGGGAUGGAGUCACAAGCAAGUGGCAUGAAAUUAACCUCCAGGCAGUCACUGGGACAUCUUAUAAAGUAGGUCAUGAUAUCACAGUUAAAGAAUUUUACCAGUUCCAGGUGUGUGCAGUCAAUCGGGCUGGUAUUAGUGAAUCUUCAAUCCCCACGGUCCCCUUGGAGUGCAAGGAAUGGACUGUGGCUGUUCCAGGCCCUCCUCAUGGCCUCCGUGUCCAGGAGGUGCGUAAAGACUCUAUGGUGCUCCUGUGGGAACCACCUACAUUCAGUGGCCGGGGCCGCAGUCCUGUAACUGGAUAUUAUGUGGAUUCUAAGGAAGAGAAUGGCAGAUGGAGAUGUGUCCAAGAGAGAUCCACAAAAAAUACUUACAUGAAGGUAACUGGUCUCCAAGAGGGUGUUUCCUACAGGCUGCGCAUCAAUGCUAAGAAUGUGGCAGGUGGACCCUCAAAGGAAACAGAUGCGAUUUUGGCUGAGACCCGCCCCGGAACCAAUGAAAUAAUAGUGGAUGUGGACGACGAUGGUGUGAUCUCUCUGAUCUUUGAGUGCUCCGAUCUUAAAGAGGACUCUCAGUUUGUGUGGUCUAAAAACUACAAGGCCUUCACUGACACUUCCCGUCUCACCGUUCAGACUACUGGGGGCAAGUCCAGAGCCAUCUUUAAUGACCCAUCGUUAGAAGACCUAGGCACUUACUCCUGUGUUGUGACCAACACUGAUGGUGUCUCUGCCAGCUACACGCGCACUGAGGAACGACUUAAGCGCUUGUUGGAUAUCAGCCGUGACCACCAGUCCCCAGUAAGUACUUUACCUAGACCUACUCCAGACUUUUUUAGUAUAGGCAUUAUGCAUACUUAAUAUACAUUUACCAAUCAGUAUGUUGUUGUAUGCAAGUUCACUUCUAACUGCCAAGUGGAGUCUGUAUUCAAUGAUAAUAUCGUCCAUGAAGGAAAGAAGUACACAAUGAACUUUAACAAAACCACUGACAUUAUUGAGAUGUUCAUGGACUCACUGGAGGUUACUGAUGAGGGAACCUUCACAUUUAACCUUGUUGAUGGUAAAGCCACUUGUCGCACCAGCUUAGUGCUUAUUGGAGAAGAGUUUGCUGAGCUUCAGAAAAAAUCUGAGUUUGAGAGAGCAGAGUGGGUCAGAAGGCAAGGUCCGCACUUUGUGGAGUAUCUCAGUUUCGAGGUCACCCCAGAAUGUGAUGUGCAUCUGAAAUGCAAGGUUGGAAACAUCAAACCUGCCACUGAGAUUGCCUCCUGGUUUAAGGAUGGAAUUGAGAUUGAAGAGGAUGAUGAGGAUGCUAAGAAGAUCAUCAGAAAAUCAGAUGAAGUGUUGACAUUUGACAUUGGCAAGUUUAUUAAGAGUGAAAAGGCACAACGGAAACCUGCAACUGAAGAAAGUCCAAGCAAGCCAAAAGUCUGGAGCUUUGAUUUUAUAAGUUGCCUGUGUCAGUGUGUUGUUAUUUGUGAUGGUACAUUCUUUUCUUCUCUUUUCGUGUUGGCCUGCUGCAUCCUCCGCAGGAGAAAAGCUUGGCUUUUCAGUUAUCAAGCAGUGCUGAAUGAAGUACCGUAUUUUGAGUUAUUGUGCAUUUCUUUCUCUGUUCUUGUAGCCAAUUCUUCAACCGAGCUCAAGGUUAUGAGCACAGAACAUGGAAUCAUUCUCUACUCAUUCGUUGUGCACUAUAUUGAAGAUCUCCGCAUUGGCUGGCUUCACAAAGAAACAAAGAUCUCCCACUCAGACAGAGUGCAGUGUGGAGUCACCGGAGAACAGCUGUGGCUCAAAAUUAAAGAGCCCACCGAGAAGGAUAAGGGCAAAUAUGCCAUUGAUAUCUUCAACCGCCAAGGCAGUGUCAAGAGAGUUCUUGACCUGUCAGGGCAAGUGUGGGAAGAUGCAUUUGAAGAAUUCAAGAGGCUGAAGGCAGCGGCCAUAGCAGAGAGAAAUCGUGCCCGUGUGGUGGGCGGCCUACCUGAUGUAGUUACCAUUCAGGAGGGCAAGUCCCUUAACCUCACUGGUAAUGUAUGGGGUGAUCCAGUUCCCGAGGUCAGCUGGGUAAAGAAUGAUAAACCGCUGUUGCCUGACAAUCACUACAUGCUGAAGUUUGAGCACGGCAAGUUUGCCAGCAUCACCAUCGCUGCUGUUGCAAACAUUAACUCGGGCAAAUACGCUCUGCUGGUGAAGAACAAGUAUGGCACAGAGAUGGCAGAGUGUACCGUCAUUGUCUACAUCCCGGAGGAUGAAGCGGAGAAGGAGUAAAGACAUGCACAGAGGAAGAGAGGGGUUUAACAGAUGACCAGUAUACCUUCCAAAGCAUUUUAAUUCAAAGCAUGCCCACCCACAGUGUAGUAUUGAAUGGUUUUCCCUUAGAUAAACAGUGGUGAUUAAAAAAUAAAUAAUCAUAUUAAAUAA